AUGGCCAAGCAUCAUCCUGAUUUAAUCAUGUGCCGGAAGCAGCCCGGGAUUGCGAUUGGGCGUCUUUGUGAGAAAUGUGAUGGCAAAUGCGUAAUGUGCGACUCGUACGUGCGCCCCUGCACCCUUGUCAAGGUGUGUGAUGAGUGCAACUAUGGCUCGUUUCAGGGCCGCUGUGUCAUCUGUGGUGGGAUCGGUAUAUCAGACGCGUACUAUUGCAAGGAGUGCACGCAACAGCAGAAAGAUCGAGAUGGGUGUCCCAAAAUAGUAAACUUGGGAAGUGCCAAAACUGAUUUGUUUUACGAACGUAAAAAGUAUGGCUUUAAGAAGAGAUGA